CUGUUUGCCUGUGUGUGUGUGUGUGUGUAUGUAUGUAUGUGUGUGUAUGCUUUGAGCGGCUUCUUUUCUUCUCUGCACCCGAGUGAUACCCGCCGUGUGCGUUUGGUCAAGGUUGUUUUGCCCGAGUUUGUUUUGCUCAAGUGCUGAUGCCAGCCCACCAGACUUGAAGCGCGUCACGUGUACCAGAAUCUCACUCACUUUUCCACUUGGAUCAAUGAAACAUGACCGUUCACUUGCAUAACCCGCGUACCAAUGCGACGCUGUACGUAGCGUAUCAGUCCGUCAAUCAAUCCUGUCUACCCGCCAUCCUCUUUUACUUCAAUGUUUACACCAAGUCCUUCAGAUGUUGUUCCCAACAAAGCGGUAGCGAAACCCCUACAAUCGUCAUGUACAGUACUGUACCUGGCUAUGUACCAGCACCCCUUUUCCGCCCAGGUGUCGCGGAUUGUUUGCGACCUGGUGCAACGGUUCGCAGCGAAUUACAGGUAGCACGUUUGGGAUUACUACCCCAACCACGGUUUGAUAGGUUCCAACGUUCCCAGACAUACACCCCCCAUCUCACCUCAUCAUCAAACUGCCUCCCACUCGUGUAUGCCUGUCCACCACGUAUUUGCCUUUUUCACAGUAGCGUAUUCUGCCCAUCAUGUUGGGAGCAAAGCGUAAAGAAAAGGUCCAAAAAAUCAAACCCGUAAAAUGAACAGUGGCAUGCUCGCCACGUCCUUGAAACAUUGCAACGUAUAUACACCGAAGGGGCAAAAACAAACAUAUGCCAAGCAACAAGCUGUCUCAACAAGACCAUAUGCAUCCUUUCCACUAAGAAAACAAACCCCACGCUUAUAAUGAUUUUAACCAAAAGCAAACAACCCAAGACGCACACCCAGAACCAUCCCCGCCAUGCUAUGCG